UGGGAAGAGCUCAGUUAUUUACUGCACGCGUCCUCUCUCCUUCUCAAAAACACAUUGGAUGAGAAAGUCAGAGGUCCCGCGCUUCGGACCCUCUCCUCCAAUAGGUUUUUGAGAAGGAGGCAAAGAUAGAUGACGUCUGCAAUUGAGAUCCUCCCCAUGUUGUGUUAGCAGGUAUCUAGCUGGCUAUUAAGUUUCACGGUCCUUACGACGACAGUGCAGACCCAGAGAGAGGCCCCACCAUCUGGCAGAUUAUGACCCAGUGCCACCCACUGUCCAACCACUCCAACUUCUUCACCGUGAAAGCCGAGGCCUCCUCAACACUAACUCUCGCCACCAGCAUGGCCAAUAGCAACGCCGCCGCCGUUCCAGGGAAGGUGAUGGGCACACCUGGCCCUGCCGGCAGAAUCAGCCCAGAAGGAAGUCAGGUGUUGAGUAAAAAGAAGCUGCAGGACCUCGUAAGAGAGAUUGACCCCAAUGAGCAGCUCGAUGAGGAUGUGGAGGAGAUGCUGCUACAGAUUGCAGAUGACUUCAUUGACAGUGUGGUGACGGCUGCCUGUCAGCUGGCCCGCCAUCGCAAAUCCAACACCUUAGAAGUGAAGGACGUCCAGCUACACCUGGAGCGCCAAUGGAACAUGUGGAUUCCUGGCUAUGGUUCAGAUGAGAUUCGGCCGUAUAAGAAGGCUUGUACCACAGAGGCCCACAAACAGAGAAUGGCAUUGAUCCGCAAAACAACCAAAAAGUAGCAAGACCUGGAACCAGCCUCGCACAAACCCUCUGUGCUGUUUGUCUUUGUCUUUUCUCUGUGUAUUUCUAAUAAUGGGGGACAUUCUUUCACCCAUGUCUUCAUCUUCCCCAGGUUUUGUGUGUGAUUUGUCAGCUCCAUCAUCACACAAGUAUUUUGAUCUUGAAUCCGUUUUAAUGCUUUUCACCACAGACUGGCCAAAAUCACACACUCCUCAUUCAGUGUAAAUGUACACUCUGGUAUGGAGUGUUGUUUUGGGACAGUGUUUUGUUUUUGGAAUUAUCUGUUCAACUUUACUUUUUUGUUCAGGGGGUAACCACCAAACACGCACAUCUUCAAUAUGGUGGUGUCUUCCAUACUCUUUCCCAAUUCUUUUUUUUUUUGUCUGGCAUGUGUUUGCUGUUGUGUGUUUAGUUUUUGUCACAUAAACAAACCCCCUUCAUCUAACAUCAGAAAUAUACACCAUUUGCAUUUAGUUGGUUUCCAGGAUACUGUCAUGGCACAAUGUUUUUGUGUGCUGUAGGGAUCUGAUGUCAUCUCCAUAGUUCAUUAGAAAUUUACCCAGGACAUUGUUUUUCAUAAGAUGUCAACAAUUAACAACAAAUGACUGACUAUUAUUCAAAAAAUAAUAAGUAUGUGAAGUAUGUCUUGUGUCGCCAGACUGCAGUGAGAUGUGGUUGGGUAAUGGUCCUUAUUUGGGGAUGUGUGGGGAAGCUGUAACAUUUGUUUUACUUUAUAUUGGCAGUGUUUUAGUUAAACCUGUUAUUUUUAUUCCAUAAAUAAGAUUCAUAUUUCACUUGG